AUGCAUCGCCAAGUCCUGGGACCGGCUGCUUGUUUCCCUCCGAGCGGAGAUUGCUCUCAUCGAAGUCACAAAAGUCUGACAUUAUUCCCCCCCAUCGACUUUGCGGGCCUCGAGGACCGUGAUAAAGUCACAGAAUUUUCGGCCAAGCUGAAGAAGCGAGGCGCUGCAGUCAUUCGCAAGGUUGUUCCUUCGGAGGAUGUCAUGGAGUGGAAAGAGGAGACCGACGGCUACCUGGCUAGCAAUCCCGGCACCAAGGCCUGGCCAACUCGAGACCCUCACCUCAUGGGCAUAUAUUGGACGCCCGCUCAGAUCAAAGGACGCGGACAUCCCAAUGUCCUGGCGGCACAGAAAUUCCUCAUGAGCCUCUGGCACUCAACCGAUGCGGAAGCACAGGUCAGCAAUAAUUUCCCGGUAUCGUACGCAGAUCGUCUGCGCAUCAACACGCCUGGCGAGUCCAACUGGCAUCUCAACGCCCACGUCGACGGCGGCAGCGUCGAACGCUGGGAGCCGGACGGUUACGGCCGCGCCGGCACCUACCGCGCCAUCUGGGAUGGUCGCUGGGAGGACUACGAUCCCUGGGAGAGCAGCUCGCGUCUCAAGGUCACGUCCGACCUCUACAACGGCGCCGGCUCCUGCAGCAUGUUUCGCAUGUUCCAGGGGUGGCUGUCCAUGGCCUCCAUCGACCCAUCAGAGGGCACCCUGCUGCUCUGUCCCCAUGCUCCAGCUCGCGACCGCCUACUUUCUCCUCCGUCCCUUCUUUUCGCCCCCGCGUCCCCCGCCUCCGCGUCGCCUUCGACCGCCGCCUUUCUGGCCUCCGAUAACUGGGCCCUCGACUUCUCACAGACCUCCAUCCUCCAGGGCGCCGUCCCGUCCUACACCCAGGAGCUCAACAAUGUCCUCCACCCCCACCUCCACCUCGACAAGUCCCUCGUUCGCGUCCCUCGCGUCGAACCCGGCGACUACAUCGCCUGGCAUCCCGACAUGGUCUACGGCGGCGACAAGGUCUCCCCGGUCACGGCCCCGGCCACCAUCAUGUACAUCCCCGCCUGUCCCCUGACGCAGACGAAUGCCCUGUACCUCGCGCGGCAGCGCAAGACGUUCCUCCUGGGCCGGCCGAGUCCGGACUUUGGCGGUGGCAUCGGCGAGGCCACGCACGUUGGCCGGCCUGGCACGCAGGAGGUCAACGACGCCGGCGGCGACGAGGCCCUGCGCGCCAUGGGACUGCUUCCCUGGGAGGAAGAUGAUGCGUCGGGGCAGCACGAGGUGCAGCUCCUCCGCAUGGCGAACGGGAUCCUGUUCCCGGACCGCUACGACAUGAUGGUUUGA